GGAAGUGGAACUAUCUGCGCUUCUCCACGUGUGUACAGGAGGCGCAGACCGGGAACAUGGGGAAAGACAAGACUAAGAACCAAAAGAAGCUCAAGGCGGCAGCGAAUCACAAUGCGGAAGAAUCGUUUACGGCCGUGCCCCAUUCAUUUGUUUUCAAUCGUGGACAGAUCGGAAAAAAUGUACAGCAGCUGAUCCUAGAUGUCAGGCGGGCAAUGGAGCCGUAUACUGCUACAUCCCUCAAGGUUCGAAAGAAGAAUGCUUUGAAGGACUUUGUGGCUGUAGCAGGUCCCCUUGGAGUCACACAUUUUUUGAUCUUCAGCAAAACAACGGAAAAUGUCAACUUUAAAUUUGUCCGUCUACCCAGAGGACCAACCCUGAGCUUCCGAGUAAUACAGUACUCCUUGGUGAAGGAUGUUGUCUCUUCUCUGAAGAAACAUCGGAUGCAUGAGCAGCAGUUCACUCACCCGCCUCUCCUCAUACUCAACAACUUUGGCAACCAGGGCAUGCAGGUCAAGCUGAUGGCUACUAUGUUUCAAAACAUGUUCCCGUCGAUCAAUGUACACAAAGUAAGCCUGAACACCAUCCGCAGAUGCAUCCUCAUUAACUAUAACGAUGACACUCAGACGCUUGAAUUCAGACAUUACAGUCUGAAGGUAGUCCCUGUCGGAAUGAGCAAGGGAAUGAAGAAGCUUCUUCAGGAGAAAUUUCCCAACAUGAGCCGUUGGGAGGACAUCAGCGAACUGCUGGUCAAAGGCGCCAACCUCUCGGAAAGUGAGGCGGAACAGGACGGAGACCAUAAUAUCACAGAGCUGCCGCAGGUGUACGCUGGUCGAGGAAACAUGAAAGCUCAGCAGAGUGCCGUGCGUCUGACCGAGAUCGGCCCACGGAUGACGUUACAGCUGUUGAAGAUUGAAGAGGGUUUGAGUGAUGGCAAAGUGUUAUAUCACAGCUUUGUCAAAAAGACAGAGGAAGAGAUUAAGGCCAUGCUGGAACGAAGAGAGAACAGACUACGACAAAAGCACGAAAGGAAGAAGAAGCAGGAAAAAGACGUAGAGCGUAAAAAGGAGCAGAAUGAAGCGAAUAAGAAACGUAGCUUAGCCGGUAUGAAACGGAAGAACGAUGCAGAUGGUGACAGCGAUGCCGAAGAUCCUGGGACCUCGGGGGAAAAUGAUCCCGCCAACAUAUCUGAAGAUGAUGAUGCUGAAUAUUACAGGCAGGAAGUUGGAGAGGAGCCAGAUCAAGAUCUGUUCCUCCAUGGCAGUAAAAAGAGGUCAUCAUUCAGACAAAACUCAGGUCCUCCAAAUAAGAGAUUCAAAGGAUCUCAAGGACCCCAGAGACCAAGGGGGGAAUCCCGGUCUCCCGGCGGUCAGAAAAAGCAUCCAAAAUUCAAAUCCUCCAACCAUCGAGAAGCGCGGAGUCCCAGGCCAGGAAAACCCGGACAGAAACACUUUAAAAAGACAGAGGGACAUAGAUCGCGAAAAAGUCCCGUUGCCAAGGGCAACAAAAAGACCACUGGAUUCAGGAAACCGGGAGCAUUUGGCUCUAAGACCCCCAAACCCGGUCAAAAGCCACGAAUGGGUUCAAAACAUAAAAUGGCAGACAGGAAGGGUAAACCUUUCAAGCAGGGUAAAAAAGGCAGAUAAAGAGAGAGUAAACUAUUCCUGUAAAUACCAACAUAAUUCUAGUCUUGAAAAUGCUCUUAAAAUAAUAAAGUGUUUUCGCUGUAUUUUGAUAAUGGACACCAUGUUUAAAACUGUGUCGAAUGGUUUGUUUAUUCUGUCAAGUACAAUAGCUGGAUUUGUGUGCAUAAAUGUAAAACUGUCUCAAAUAUUUUGUGUUAUUUGAAACAGUCCCAGAAUAUUGAGGACUGGCCAGCAUCCCAAUCCGCCUCAUUCUCGAAUCCACAUAGGGUGCAGGAAUGAAAGGCGAGCGCAUAACGUUAAAGCAAGCCAUCGUACAUGGGAUGAUAAUGCAUAGAGGUGGAUAAUGAGAACCCCUCCCUAACAGUGGACACUUAGGCGAGGAUUUAAGGACAUGUAUGAUACGUGGUGUCCCUGAGUUCACACUCAACGUACGGUGUUAUUGGUAUACAUUGUGCGUGUAUGGGUUUGGCCACAGACUAAAAAAUAAAAUUCCUUGAAGUGCUGCUCCAGGCCAUGUUGAAAAGCU